GUCUCAGUCUGCGGCCUCCGAAGAGUCAGAGCACUGUUCUUCGAAGUCCGAAGGGGAAGGCGUUGAUGCACGGGCGCGGUGGGCCGCUCCUGAUGGGCCUUUACCAGUGCCAGCGAAGCGGUGCAUCGGCGCCUGCAAGGCCGGAUCUUGGUGGAUCUGACUUCAAAGGGACAAAUUGGUAAUCUUGCAACUUGCGUAUGCAGCUGGUUUGGGUGGUUUUAAAGAGGCAGCCCUUUUCUCCUACAUCGCCUGUCGGCUCAUUCAUGCGCAAUCCUGCAGAAGGUAGCAGAUUGUUUGAACUGUAGCCCCUAGCUUAGGGCUGGCUCCAUUACUGAUAGGUCGUGUAUGGGAAUGCUCCGGAAAAGUCUGGCUGGUUGCAAUUGUCUGUUGUGCGGGGCACUGAAUUCCUCGUUUAGUAAAUGGUGCGGGCACCAGUCGCAACGUAGCGAGGCAGCUCAGAGCUGUGGUAAUUGGCGGCCGCGUGCCGGACAAGCGCGCUUUUUCCAAUCAUGAGUCGGUCCAGCAAUGGGAGGAAAGCUGGAGGCGUUGCGCACCACGCCAACGGGGUGGCUGGCGCAGAGGAGCGUAAGGGGGCGGGCCCGCCUCCGCCCGCCGCCCUGACUGCCCAGUUUGUGAAGCUGGUCCAGGAGGAUGACGCGCAGGGCCUGGAGGCGGCGCUGGCUGCAGAGAAAGAGAGGCUGGCAGCGGGCGCGCGCAAGGGCAAGGCCAAAGGGAGCGAUCCGUCAGCAAACUUGAAGAAGCGGUUGCUGCAAUAUGCUGCAGCGUGCGACGCAGACGAGUGCUGUGCAUACCUGCUCGAUGAAGAGGAGGUGCCCAUUGACGGGGGAGACGAACACGGGCUGACCCCGCUGCACCACGCGGCCCACAACCACGCCAAGGCGGCAGUGCAAGCGCUGUUUGACAGGGGGGCCGAAGGGGACGAGCUCAGCAAGGAGGGCAAGACGCCGCUGGAAACGGCAAUUGCAAGCCCAAAGUUGCACAUUGAGUGGACCCCGCACAUGCAGGCCACCAGCCUGGUGGAGCUCAUGCAGAGCAAGGAGCUGGCGUGCCUGCAGCUGUUGGCGGACAUGGUCCCUGCCAGCCUGCUGGUGCAGGUGGCCUUUGCGACGGCCGCUGAGGGCGCUGUGCCGCGCCUCGUGGUGCUGCUCCUGGUGGGCAGCAAGCACAUUGUGAACGCCGUCAGCCGCAUUGGGGAGGCUGCCAGCGCCACGGGCACGCUGGUGGAGCUGCUGCUGCGCAAGGCGCUGGCCACGUCGCCAGGGGCCAGCGCAGACAAGGCAAUCGGCGGCGCGCUGGGCCCGCGUGUGGAGCGCGAGGUGGCACUCAAAGCCCUCGAGGUACUGCUGCUGUGGAAUCCGCGCCUGACCAGCCGCGGGCCCGAGGCACGCUCCCCGGAGCACAUCCCGGUCAUCCGCUCCGCGCGCGCCAACGACGCCGAGGUGGUGCGCCUACUGCUGGAGGCAGGGGCUGAUGUCAAUGAGACGGACAGCGAGAGCAACACGGCGCUGCACUGGUGCCUGCGCGGGCCGCGCGCGGGGCUGGACGUGCGCGUGGUGAAGCGGCUGCUGGAGCACGGCGCGGCGUGCACGGCCAGCAACAAGCUGGGGGCCACGCCGGUGCACACUGCGGCAGGGCACGGGCACGCGGAGGCGCUGCGCCUGCUGCUGACACAGGAGCCGGCAGCGGUGAACGUGCUGGCGGCGACCAAGGAGACGGCGCUGCACUACGCCGUCAAGAACGGGCAUGCCGAGUGCGCGCGCGUGCUGUUGCUCAUGGGCGCCAACCGCAGCGUAGUUAACGUGCGCAACCAGCGGCCCGCAGACCUGGCUGCAUCCCCUGUGCUGCGCCGCCUGCUGGGCUCCACAGAUCUGGCCCUGCUCAAUACGCCCAUCGCUGAGGCGGAGGACCCCGCAAGGAGCCCCAGCGGGGGCAGCGGGUUCGCGGGGGAUGCGGAUAGUCUGGCAGACGACGGAUGGCAGGUUCAGACGGGGCGCACCAAGACAGCGGGACAGGGGGGCAACCACCCCAAGGGGGCAACUUCGCCCAAGGUGGGCGGACUAGCCAGCAGCGGGGCCAGCAGUAGUGGUGUCCCUGCCGGGGGGAUGACGAUUGGUAUUGGGGGAGUGCAGCUGGAUGCCAACAACAUGCCCCCCGCCAAGACGGUGCUGUGCAAGUUCUUCUCGUCAGGGCAGGGCUGCUCGUGGGGCUCCUCCUGUCACUUUGCCCACAACAAGGAGGAGCUCCUCGCAGCCCGUGCCAAGCAGGGCCUGCCCCGGGGCGGGCCCCCCUCCCACCGCGAUCGCCCCACCCCCACCCCCAAGCAGGCCUCAACGCCCCCUUCUGUCCCGGUGGAGGCCCCGCGCGCCCCCCCUCCUGCCCCGCUUGCCGCGUCGGCCCCCCGGCCACAGGCUCCCCAGAGCGCCGCCCAGCAGGAUGCGGCCCCGCUGCAGGACAACCGUUUCCUCAAGACCAAGCUCUGUGUGCGAUUCAGCAAGCUCGGGGGCUGCCCGAGGGGAGACAAAUGCACGUAUGCUCACGGAUUUGGCGAACUGCGGCCUUGGGUGGAGGGCGAGGGUGGGGGCAGUGCGGGCGGCAGCCGGCCCGCCACCCCGGCCAGCGUGCCGCCCAGCGUGCCAGCCACCCCCGAGGCAGCGUGGAUGCAGGACGACGAGCUGGCCGACAAGAAGAAGGUCUUUGUGGGAGGCCUGCCCGCCUUUGUAGAAAAAGACGACCUCUGGUCCUUCUUCGAGGAGAAGUUUGGCGCUGUGGCGGAUGCCAUGGUGGCCUACUUCCCCAACGGCGCCUCGCGCGGCUUCGGCUUCGUCACCUUCCAGCAAGAGAAGCCCGCCGCGAGUGCCGCCAAGCUGCACUACCUCCCCUUCCAUGGCAAGCGUGUCGAGGUCAAGUUCGCGCAGCCGUUCCAGGACCGCUCCUCCGCCAGCCCCGGCAGCCGCGCCUCGCGUGACGGGUCCCGCCACACCAGCGGCUCCAUGUCGCCCAUGCCGCUGCCCCCCGCACCCACCACCGCGGCCGUACAACCACCGCCGCUCUCCUUAUCAGGCUCAGGGCCCUCCAAUAGCUUCCAUGCCCCGCACUCGUUACAAUGCGGAGCGUAUGCUGCAGUGGCCGCCCCUUCCAAUAGCCGCUCCCUUCCUUCGCCCAUUGGUCCGCCAUCUCCCUCGGUCGGAGUUGUGGGCCAACGUGGCCCCCCUCCCGGCAGUUAUGCCGCCGCCGCCGAGCAGCAGCGGCAGGCGGAGCAGGCCCGGCACUUCGAGGAACACCCCCACUUCCAGCAGCCCGCGAGCAGCGCGCGCGAGCCGCAGCCGAGCCCCCCUCAGCGCAGCCAGCACCGGCGGGGGCCGGGCCUCGAGGUGCCGCAGGGGCGGCAGUACGAGCAGUUUCCGGUAGGGCCGCGGGCGGCGUUUGGGAACCUUGAGGGCUUUUCCACCGGGCCUGAAGACAGCAGCCUGAUCUCGGAGCUCAUGUCGUCGUUGGCGCUGCCGGAGCAGGCGCAGAACGGUCGGCGCAGGCCGUAUGACGGAGGAGCAGUGCAGCAGAACGGGCCAGGCUUCGGCCCCAGUCGACAGGGGCAAGGGCACGCAGCCGCGCAGGAGCUGGGCAUGCCAGGCGGGAACGAGUCGCUCGACGGUGUGUGUGUGGUCUGCUGGGAACGGAAACACGCGUGCGUGGCAGUGCCCUGCGGCCACCGGAGCUUGUGUAUACCCUGUAAAGACGCGCUUCAGCAGUCGAAUGCUGAUCGAGAUUGCCCUAUAUGUCGGUCAACUGUUAAUCAUUGGGUCGCGGUUCCCCAGGGAUAGAGUGAUGGUACUUGCUAGUGUCAGGAUGUCAUUGCAAAGGUCGCAACCAGAUGUCAAUUGACCAUAAGCAAGUGCUUCACGCCUUUUACGUUGGGACCUCUAUAUGGGUCGAAGAACCUUUGUAUAAUUGGAUCAUGUGCUGUGUUUGGAACAAAGUGGAUCAACUGGCGAGUUAUGAGC